GAGCAAGUUCUCGACACAUGCUAUUCACACUGCAGUUCUUGACGGUCGAACUGGCUUCGUAAUUCCAAGAACUACAUCGGUCAGUGUUUAUAAAGGAAGACAAUGAAAACAGUGACCCAAAUAACCAAGAGUCUCAGACCUUCAGCUAGGUGUCUUCGUUUAUUUCAUGGAAGCUCUAAGCUUUCCCGUCGAUUUAAUGAGCCGAUGAGUGAGGCAGAAGCUCCACGAUGUGCUGGUAUUGCAUCAAUGAUGAGGCUUCCGAUUCAAAAAACCAGCCAAGGAUUGGAUGUCUGCUUUGUUGGCGUGCCUCUUGACACAGGGACAACAAACCGUUCAGGGACAAGAAUGGGUCCAAGACAGAUUAGGACAGAGUCAGUGCUGAUAAGAAGACACAACAUUGCAACAAAGGCAUCACCUUUUGAAACACUCAUGGUUGCUGAUGUUGGAGAUAUUGGAGUCAACAUGUUCAAUUUGCCUGCAGCAGUGAAGCAGAUAAAAACACACACGGCAAAACUAAUAGAGAAUGGCUGCAAGACGCUUGCAAUGGGUGGAGAUCAUACGAUAACGUACCCUCUCCUCCAGGCUGUAAAGGAAAAAUAUGGGAAGCUUGGGCUGGUGCACGUCGACGCACACACAGACCUUUACGGAGAAUUAUAUGGUGAGAAAAUCCAGCAUGGCAACCCGUUUCUGAUGGCUGUAGAAGAGGGCUUGUUGGACUGUAAUCGAGUUGUACAAAUUGGCUUGCGUGGCUCUACAGACCAAGAUGAUAUGAGCUACCAGAAAUUUGGAUUCAUUGGAUCUGCUUAUGCGCCAGGAACAGGCACACCUGAAAUCGGAGGCUUGACUAUCAUCCAGGCACUGGAGAUAAUUAGAGGAUUGCGUGGUCUGAAUAUCGUUGGUGGGGAUCUUGUUGAGGUGUCUCCUCCGUACGACAGAAAUGGAACAACGGCCCUGACAGCAGCAAAUUUGUUAUUUGAGAUGUUGUGUGUGUUUCCAGGAGUCAAAUACCACGACUGAAUGGUAUUGAUAACAUGAAGUGCAAAUGUUGUAGAAUUUUAAGAGACAGAAAUACUGUAUGUAGAUGGAAUUAAACUUAACUCAUGAUAAAA